UUCCAAGGUUCCAAACAAACAUUGCACCAACACCUCAAUCGCUCCGUAGCACGCAAAAAUGGCCGAAGCACAGAGACCAAAGUACGACAGCCUUCCAGGCAUCGAUACAGCGCCCGACGUUUAUGAGACCCCCGAGCUCGCCGAAGAUGUCUCCACAAUUCAAGCUUCAACCGCAGUCUCUGAGUCUGAGGGCGGCGAAUCUGAGGCCGACGAGUCUACGGUCCGACAUCAACGCCUGCAAACAGACGAAGCCCGCAGCCGCUUCCAGCCCUCGCGAGUGGAUGCCCACGGUGUGGACUUCUCAGACAACAUCAGCGCUCAACGGCGCUCAUACCGCACAUCGACACGAGGCCAGCGGCGGAGAGGUGAGAUACUGGGUGAUGACAGCGAUGAAGAGAAGGAGUCUUUCUCACGGAAGCUUAUGCGGGUAAAGAGGGAGCUACAUGAGUUGGAGCACGAAUACGAGGGGAGGCUGCAAUCAGGCGACAAGACGAAGAUCGAGGAGCAGGAUCCCAAGCGAAUCAUGGAGUUCAUCUCAGAUAAGGUAGACUACAUAUACGCGAUGCGGCGGGGCGGCGUACGGGGUGCAGAAGCGCAGCUCGACAGGCAGAUUGACAAGUUCAACAACUACCCCCCGUUCGGACCCUCGCCGCGAAUCACCAAGGCUAUUGCGAAUCAGCCGCCGCUUCCAGGCACCCAGAUACAGAGGAGUCAACUCGACUAUGUGCUGAACCAGGCGGCGGACUUCGAUGCACGGCUCACACAAUUAGAGAAGAACUUGGGUUUGACCGGAAACACGAUGCCGGAUCUGGGAGACAAGGCGCCAUUCCCAGUGUACACAACGCUGCACCGGAUUGAGCAGACUGUGGGCGCAUGUCACGAUGCUAAGGAGGGCAACCUUGAGAGCGCAAGCCAGCAGAUCAAGAGGAUGAUUGCUGACGCGGAGCAUCUGAAGGAGCUGCGGUCGGAAGCUUCGCGCGCUGCAUCAGAGGGCAAGGCUACGUCGAACCCGGAGCAGGAGGCUAAAGUCAACGCUCUCUAUGGCACACUGCCAUCCAUCGACAAGCUCUCGCCAGUUCUGCCCCUCGUUCUCGAACGACUCCGCACCCUCCGUCUCGUACAUACCAGCGCCUGGCAAGCGGACGAGGUGCUGACAGAGCUAGAGCGUCGCCAGUCGAAGCAAGAGGACGAGAUCCAGAAGUGGGGAAAGUCGUUGGAGGUCGUGGAGGAGGAUAUCAAGAAAUGCGAGGAGGCGCUGAAGAACAAUAUGAAGGUGGUUGGUGAUUGGGUCAAGAGGAUAGAGGAGCGGAUUGAGAAGCUACCUGGACCGAGCCAAGAGUCGUGAAGUAGGAAAGUGGGCAAAUGGCAAGAAAAGUGUGCUCCAGCACGAUUAGAAAAGUGUGUAGUCAUGGUGCAUUGAAGGCACGUUUUCAUUGGAGGCAGCAGUGACGAAUCUGUCACGUUCGUGGACACCGUCGUUUAUUGCAGGUAUAACGGGAACAUUCAUCACUGUACAGUGUCUAAGACACGGGGGCUCCAUCUCAAUUUAUUCAGAUACCCUAGAGUAGCACUUCCGAAGCGAUCAGAGGACACCGGUUGGCAUCUCCAAACUGCUUAG